CUGCAGUGAUUUCAGCUCUUUUAGUAUUUGUCCAGUAGGUUUCCCGCCGCGCGGGAAGCCUCACCCAACGGUCCAAUGGCAGGGAAGGGCGGCGCGGCGCGUGCGCGGUGGCUGAGGUCGCAGAGCGGUGGCGGUAUCGCCGGGCCCGAUGGCGGCCUCAGGGCACGCGGCGGCGCUGAGCGCGGAGCAGGCUAAGGCCGUGCUGGCCGAGGUAAUCAAGGCAUUCGGCGCGCCCGAGAACGCGCAGCGCAUGGAGGAGGCCCGGGAUAACGCCUGCAACGACAUGGGGAAGAUGCUGCAGUUUCUCCUGCCCGUGGCCACCCAGAUCCAGCAGGACGUGAUCAAAGCCUACGGCUUCAGCAACGACGGCGAAGGGGUCCUGAAGUUCGCCCGGCUGAUCAAGUCCUACGAGUCGCAGGAUCCGGAGAUCGCCAGCAUGUCGGGCAAGCUCAAGGCCAUGUUCCUGCCGCCCAUGACGCUGCCGCCGCACGGAGCCGGGACCGGCGGAGUAGCAGCCUCCUGAGACGGCGGAGCUCCCCCAGGGCUGCCCUCUCGAGGCGCGGGUCCUGCCAGCCCCGGGAGUGGGGUGCUUGAACAAGGGAAACGCUGACCUGAAAGGAACUGGGUGCUUUGUGCAUGCGUAUGGGUCUGCUUGUGAAUAAAAAAAAGUCUUGAACGUG